UCUGUUGCUAAUUUUAAUUUGAAUUGUGGAAGCACAAUCCUGCAAUAGAAAAAACUUGGAAUGUUUCCUUAAGCUUUAAAAUAGGGAAGCUUGACUCAAAUUUGCAGUAAGGGCAGUUUAUACACCUGUAGCAGUAUAAACAGCACUUUAAAUAGGUGUAAAUAAAACAUACUUAUGUUUAAAGUGUCUUUAUAUUGUCAAAGUGGACUAAAAUAUUUUUAACUUAAAAAAUACUGAAGCCCAACUUACCACACAAACAAUGCACUUCAUUAUAGAGAUUUCACAAAAAAAUCUUGGCUGCUGAAAGGGAGAUUGCAUUGUCUUAAAUUCAAAUAAUUUCUGAAGCCAGUUAAUUUAUGCCACUGUAAAUCAAGCGCACAGUGUGCAGCAUAAACUGUAAGCAAACACACAGCUUCAUAGCAAGACUAGAGGUACAAGAUAAAAUCAGUAUCAAUUGACUAAACAUUCAAAGUUGCACUGUCACCAGACCAUCUCUGAAUGACGCCAUUGGCAGGCUCGAGCAAUCCUGUGAUUAGGCCAGGCUGUUGGUGUUUUGUUUGUAUUCUGUUAUUUUAGUCUGGAAUGCCUAAUGGGAAUCCACUUAUAAAGUAGUCUAGUAGCCUGUAUCUCCCUUCCGCUGUAAGCUGUAGAAAGACCAUUGGUCUGCUUUGAGUUUGGGGGUUUACAGUAUACAUAUGAGCCUUUUGGAAUCUAAAAUAUGUGACAAAGUUCACCUUUCCAUCUUCCAUUUUAUAUCAAAUUGUAAGAGUUUGGGUUUUUUGUAAGCCUUGGACUAGUCUUUCUCUUAAAUGACCAUUUAAAAUUUUAACACAGUCCUUGGUGUGCUUUCUGCGGAGUUUACUGAAAAGAUUCCUCCAGUUUCAGGAACAGAUUGAAGAAACCAUGGCCAACCAACGGGAUUACAUUAGCAGACCUAUUUGCAAUGGAAUUUCUGUUCCUGAAAAUAAAAUAAAUUCCUUAGUGGCUGAAGGUCAUGGACAACAAAUUCUAAAAGUACUACAAAAGUUCAGAGAACAAAAUAUAUUUUUUGACUUUGAAAUUCUUGUGAAAGAUGAAAUAAUUCCUUGUCAUCGUUGUGUACUGGCAGCGUGCAGUGAUUUUUUCAGAGCCAUGUUUGAAGUUAAUAUGAAAGAGCGAGAUGAUGGCAAUGUUACCAUUAGUAAUCUAUCACCCAAGGCAGUGAAAGCCUUUCUUGAUUAUGCUUACACAGGAAAAACAGAGAUAACAAAUGAUAAUGUGGAAAUGCUCUUCCAACUGUCGUCAUUUCUUCAAGUUUCACUCCUUUCCAAAGCUUGCAGUGACUUUCUAAUAAGAAGUAUUGAUCUUGUGAAUUGCUUACAGUUGCUUUCUCUAUCAGAAAGUUAUGGUUCUGUCCGCUUAUUUGAUCAUGCGCUAGAUUUUGUACAGCACCACUUUUCCAUGCUGCUCAGAUCAAGUGAGUUUUUGGAGAUGAAUUUUGAGCUAUUACAAAAAUGUCUUGAGGCUGAUGAACUAAAUGUCCCUGAGGAAGAAUCAGUGUUGAAAGCUGUCCUUCAAUGGACCAAACACAACUUAGAGGCACGACAGAAAUAUCUGCCUAAUUUGAUUAAAAAAGUGAGACUACACCAGUUACCUGAAAAGACUUUGCAGGACUUUCUACAUUCUGAAGAACACUUACUUAAGAGUGCUAAUUGCUCAGUAAUAAUCGAUGAUGCAGUUAAAAGUGUGCAAAACUUUAGUGGGCUGUUUCCAGAUGCGCGUCCUUCAACAACAGAAAAAUAUAUAUUUGUGCAUAAAACUGAUGAAGAUGGAGAAAACAGACAUACAUUCUGCUACAACAUCAAAACAGAUAAAUGGAAAGAACUACCACAUACGCACAUGGUUGAUCUUCCAGGGUCAAGUUUGUCUAGCUAUGGAGAAAAAAUAUUCAUAACUGGAGGAUGCAAAGGGAAUUGUUAUAGGACUGUCAGGCUUCAUAUUGCUGAGCCAUUUCAUGAUGCCACUGACCAAACCUGGUGCUACUGUCCGGUCAGCAAUGAAUUCUCUAUAGUGUCAGCUAUGAAGAAACCGAGGACAAUGCACACAUCUGUUGUAACCUUAAAUCAGCUGUUUGUAAUAGGCGGGAAGACCAGAGGGGCUCAAGAAACCCGAAGUCUUUUGGAUGUAGAAUCCUAUGAUCCUCUUUCCAAAGACUGGAAAUCUGUAAGCCAAUUACCAAGAGGUAUCUACUAUCCAGAAGCAAGUGCAUGUCAGAAUAUAAUUUACGUCCUUGGCUCAGAAGUAGAGAUUACUGAUGCCUUUAAUCCAUCUCUUGACUGUUUCUUUAAGUAUAAUGCUAUGACUGAUCAGUGGUCUGAGCUUGUGGCAGAAUUUGGGCAAUUUUUCCAUGCAACUCUAAUCAAAGCUGUUCCUGUGAACUGUACAUUGUACAUAUGUGAUCUCUCCACCUACAAGGUCUACAGUUUUUGCCCAGAAACCUGUGUUUGGAAAGGGGAGGGAUCUUUUGAAUGCGCUGGCUUUAAUGCAGGGGCAGUUGGGACUGAGGACAAAAUUUAUAUAUUAGGUGGCGAUUAUGCUCCAGAAGAAAUCACAGAUGAAGUUCAAGUCUACCAUAGUAGUAGGUCUGAGUGGGAAGAAGUUUCACCAAUGCCAAGAGCCUUAACUGAGUUUUACUGUCAGGUCAUUCAGUUUAAUAAAUAUAGGGAUCCCUGGUCAUCUGUACUGACAAUUUGCUCUGGAGAAUUUUGAAACUCCUGAGUCAAAAUAAUCUAUUUAAAUGCACAAGUUUUAGAACAGAUUUUUAGGUAUCAAUUUACAGAUGGAAAAAUAUGUACUGUUUUGUUUAAAUCUUCAGUUUAAAUUGUAUGCUAUAGAAUUGCUUUUGGAAGAGUCCAUUAAAUUGUCAGUCUUGCUAGUCAUUAUAUAGAAAGUAUUACUUAAUUUUAUAUGCAAGUCUUCUCUGUAAUUAUCUGAAUAAUUUGCAAAAUUAUAUUACUUUUCAAAAAAGCAGUCAUGAGGAAUUCAUUGUGUAAUAUGUGCCAUUAUUUCUGUAAUAUUCACAGUUGUCCCAGUAGACAAAUUGCUGAGUGAGAAAACUGACUGUGAUACUGUUUUCCCUAUGUAACUGAAGUUUAAAAGAAAUCUACAUUAGUGUUGUUUUAUUUAGGUUUUUUAUAUUCAUAAACCUGUAAGAGGGAUUCAUUGUCAGCUUGAUCUUACUAGGAUGACCUUAGCAAGGGCAAGAGCCAAAGUGACCUUCGCAGCAUUGAAACCAGGUGUUUAACUUGAAGAGACUGAUAAUUCCUGUCACCUCACUUCAGCUCUCAGUUUUACCAGUUUUUCUCCAUCCUUGUGCCUUAGUAGUAGUAGCUGUACUUUGUUUUCAUCCCAUUAAGUGUGGCAAGAUAAACUUUGAUAACAUGUUGCAGGGUGGCAAGAUUUCUCCAGGAUGGAUGAUUCAUGUGGUAUCUUUGCUUCAGUCCUGCUGUUAACUAAAGAAAAAACACUUCAGGAUGUUUUCUAACAGAAGUCUUCCGUCUCUGAAGUCUCCAGUGCUACCUACUAAGCAGCCCCUGGGCUGCUUGCAGCAGCAAGCUAUAAAAUAAAUCUUAGUUGUUGCUUCGGUUAACUAUGGGAAAAGUUUGUAUCUUGUCAUACAUCAAAUACAAAGUUACAAAAAUAAAUCCCCAUAUUUAAAGUCAAAGUAAAAAGUAUUUCUGAGGUGAAAGAAUUGCUUUUUAUAACUUCUAUAGCAGUUUAAAUGAAUUAAGACAUUUUAUCUUGUACUUCAUGGUAGUUUUAAGUGUUUAAAAUAUUACAUGGUAAACACUACACAGUAUAUUGCUUGAUAAACUUUCAGUAGUCAUCUAGUAUAACGUUAAAAUUGUAAUGGACUUUUAGUAUUAAUAUUAGUCUAGGCAUACAUUGUGAUUAAAUUUGAUCUCAUGCACACAAAGUGGGACCUGUGUCUGACAGAGGGAUGCUGAGAUUAGCUAGGUUUCAUAAAUUCAUUCGUAAUCUUCCACAGCCUGAGAAUUUUCUUUCUUACCAGCUAUCUGAAUAAGACAUUGGGAGCCCUCAUGUUCCAUCUAAGUAUUGUUUAAGCAGUAAGGUUGCCUUAUGCCAGACAGAAUAGUUCUAAACAUCUAAGCACAUCUUUUCCAAGCAGUUACAAACUGAACAAAGUUUAGUGAGGCGUCUAAAACAUCUUUCAUAUGGCUUGAGAUGACCGCGGUAAGUUCAUUAUCACAUUGCUACUGCAUGUACUUUUUGCAAAACUCAAGCUCAGUAUUAAUGCUUAAAGCUUAAUAUUGCCUAGCAACAUACUUCUGUUUUAAAUAGUAAACAAUGGAAAGCUCCAAUUCUGUGACUGACUCUAUAAUUUGUUAUCAGGUACCUUCAUAAAUAUAGAUAACAUUAAUAAUAAAUAUUUUCAUAAAGAUGUAAAUGAAAAUUAUGCACAUUUGGAGAACAUACUAAUAAGAGUGGAACCCUCCCACUCAAUAUUUUUUUGUAUUAAGAUGCAUGUCAGUUCUGUAGAAGGAAAUAGCUUGUUACAGUAUUUCAGGCAAAUUCACAUUUAUUUUGCUCUUUUAUAGUGAGUCUCCAAAUCAUAACUACAAUUACCUAGGUAACCUUUACGGUCACCAUACUGAAAUGCAAGCAUUUUUAUAUUGGAACACAACUACUUCUUGUUAGUGCAAAGCAAAUGUAUUGAAUAGUUUAGGAAAGAUGGAGAAUACUAUUCCUGCUUACUGAAAGAAUAGGAGAAAAAUAAAUAGACAUAUAGGAGAACAGUAGUUUUAGCAUUAAUAAGGCUACUCAUUUUAGCAUAGAGACUUCAUUAAUCAUUACUUAUUGCAACUUGUCACUUCAUCAGAAAUAUAAGGCCCAGUUCACCUCUGCUUGUGGUUUUAUACCCGAGUAUCAGUAUGCAAUUUAUGCAAUGAGAAAAGUAACAUAUUAUGCCCACAGUACAUGGGUAUAACUAUCUAUGCAAAUUGGAAGAGACGACUAGAGAAUUGUGAGGUUUUUUAAUUGCCACUGUCAUGACCAAAUUGCUGGGUCACAUAAAGAGCAAGUCAGUAAUUCAGGUGAUGCUCUUUCCUCUAAGUUUUUCCUUACAGCAAGUUUUUUUUGCAGUCUUCCAUCCAGCUACUUGCUAUAUGUAAAAGCCUCUGGCAUAUGACAUCAGAUCCAGCAAUGACAUAUGUGGUAGAUUACUCAUUAUUAGUACAUGUAGUGAAAACUGAAGCUUAAUUCGGAAAAUAGACAUGCUUCUUUAAUGUUGUAUUGUAUGCCACAUUUGCACAGGAACUGAUGUCGGUUCCCAGUUUGACAAAUCAUUCAUGGAUUUGAAAAGGAAUUGAGCUCUCUUACUCAAUGAUCAGGAAAUAAUGCAGUAGUGUCAGUUACUUUAUACCCUUGCUUACAGAAAAGUUACUGUGAAAUAGUACAGAUUUUCUUCAGUUACGUAGGUAAGCCUGUAUUACAACUCUCACAAAGGAAAAAAAGGUCAUUUGCCACAAUUGCACACAGAAAGAGUUAAAUCUGAUAGCAGAAUUGAGUGCAGAAGAGGCUGUGUUAGAAAGUUGUGGCUAAAAACAAGGCUUAAUGAUAGAAUUAAGGGCCUAUGUUCUAAAUGCUGUAAUUAAUCGCUAAUGAUGUAAGAAAUCUCGGUGAAGUCAAUUAUGCUGCUCAGAAGAAUAUGGAUUACUUGCAUGAGUAACUGCUGUAGGUCUGGAUCAAAUAGAUUUUUCAGUCUACUUUGUGCAGCUGUUAUGCAAUUUUAAAAAGUCACAAAAUUAGUGCAAAGCAAGUUUUUCUACAUCUUUUCUGACUUUUCAAAGCUCACAGUACUUUAUGAAAAAGUACCUCACCUCCCUCUAAAAAUAGUCAAUGACUAGAUUAAUGAUCACCUACGUUCUCACUGAAAUAUAGUAAGAUGUCUAAAACAUACAAGUUGCAUGUAAAGUUAUAAACUACUAUUUGCACUUAAACCAUGUAACCAAAACAUUUCUAAUAGUAUUCUAUUCUAUGUCACAGAACACCUUAUAAGCAUGACCAGUAUAAUAUACAUGAAGAUAAUAUAUAUUGUAUGUGGGAAUUUAAUAUCCAGUAAUUAUUAUAUUGGAUAAUUUAAUUUUAAAGAAUGCUAUCAAAACAUUAUGGCACUUUGGUAAUGUUAUCAUACUAGUUUAGUUGUUAUAACAAAUAUCAAUUAUUCAGGUGUUUAUAUUGAUUACGUUUGCACAGACCUGAUGAUUACUCUAUUAUUUAUGUACUAAUGAAUUUAUUUUCUAUAUUCUAAAUACGUUUGUAGUAAGUUUACUGCUGUUAAAAUUCAUUCUAUUCACAAAAUGGAGUAGACUUCCUAGGUCAGGUUUAUUUCUGGUAUUACUCUAUGAAGAAAGCUGUACACCUCCUCUGAUUAGUAGGUAGUAGGUCAGGUAUAGGCUAUAGAAUGUGCGGUCUGCAGUUUGUCAUGUGGAGUCGAAUUUUAGGUGUUUCUGUUUGUAGGUGGCCAACAGGAGGCAGCAUAAGAUCUGUUUUAAUUAAAACAGACUGAAACCAGGGAUAUAUUUGACAAUAUUUAUAGCCGAACAUUAUACUUGAUUUACAUUUUUUCCCUUCUAACGUCCAAUAAAGAAUAGAGAUCCAUAAAAUUUUGCUGCUGCCUGGGCUCUGCUGAUAUGUGGAAAGUAUGAUACUACAUGUUUGCCAAGAUGUUCAUUCUUCUGUGAAAUAAAAGCACCGAGCAACUGAA